GACGCCAUCUUGUCAACAAACUGUCAAGGCGGCCAUAGGACAUAGGUGUCCGUUGUGUGUUUUUGUGUCGAUUUUAAUCAUAAAUAACCGCCAAAAUGCCGAAAAAUAUAACCACUGAAGUGCGUGAGAUAAUAUUGAAAGUGAAAGAGUUCAUGGACGAAGAAAAACGUAUGCAAGUGCCGAUAAUUCCGUUAAGUAAAGUGUAUGUGCGGGUCUCUGCCGCUACAGGUGUAUCAGAACGUACCGUACUUAAUAUAGUCAAAGAAGCACGCCUGGUAGAACAAGGUCUUCUAGACCCCGAGACAUUAAAGAAAACACCUAAAAAACGCGUUCGUACUAAAGGCAAGAUCGAAGUCGACGAAUAUGACUUACAAGUCAUAAGACGCAAAAUCCAUGAGUUCUAUGCAUUUAAGAAGGAGGUGCCAACUAUCAACAAACUGUUACAAAUCCUAAAAGAAGAAAUCAAUUUCAAAGGGUCUCGAGAAACGCUUCGUAAAAUUCUUCGCAAAAACGGAUUCCAGUUCAGAAAGACAAAGAAUAACAAGGAGAAGGAGCCAGUUCCAGAACCUACGUCGUCAGUGCCUCCCAUGGUCCCACCCUACAUUCACACUAUGUUUAGUCAUAAAAAUAUUCAGUCGUAAGUUUUAGCUUAGAUAAUCUUGAAUGUAGUGAUAAAGGCAGUUGCGCUGGCAACAUUGGUCUGACAGGCGGCCUCAACAGUGCCACCCGUCUACGUUCUAACUUUGUCAUCCAUGUUUGGAACUGCAUAAUCUUUACUGUUGAUUAUAACGUAUGAAUUCUGUAAAAAGAUGAUAAAAAAGUAGCGAAAACUAAUGUAAUUGUACCUACGUCCUAUGCGACACUUAAAAUACUUGAAUGGCAACUAGAAAUUGUAUUUUUAUGUGUAGGAAGUUAGUAAAACACGGCCAUUGUAAUAUUAUUAAUAAUCUUUGAAAAGCUUGUGAAUAGGCUUUAAAAGUAAUAUUUAACUGUUAAUAUUAGUGGUAAAUGGUUGAAACUGACAAGAUAUUUGACAAAGCACAUCUGGAAACAAAAUGUAUAUGUACCUAUGAUUUUUAUUUUGUAUACUCAUGCGUUACUUAUAUAAAAGUAGACCAAGAAAAGUCUGCAACGAUUUCGAUAGCACACGCCGGCCGACCCACCCACCACCACCGUAGUCCACGUGCUUCUCGUAAAAUCCAGCUAUCGGUUUUACGAGAACUACCUACAACAACCACCGAACAACAUCGUGCUCUAAGAGCAUUUGGUAUUUCUACCUCUAACCGUGUCUGGCUAGAGCCCUAGAGGCCCAUAAUUCUAUUGUUUACCGUACACUGGCUAUGGCCGAUGGUCGAUAUGUUUAAAUCAAGAAAUAUUAAUUCAAUCCCACAUGGAUCCCACUUUGACGUUGGCGAAAUCAUCGACAGUAUCGAUGGAGCCAUACUACCUGAAAAAUUGAAUUGACAUAUAAAUAAUACUCGCACUGUGUAUGCUAUCAAAAUCGUUGCAGACUUUUCUUGGUCUAACUCUAGUUGACAAUUUGGAAUUUCAGGCAAUAAUUCCAGCGAUGUAUUUCAUUAAUUAUUUUGUUGUUUGAAAAGUUAUAAGCUUAAGAUAUGUAUUAUAAAAGAAUCUUCAAGCGAAUUUUUUUUUUGUUUCUUUUUUUUUUUUUUUUUUCAUCUGCCAUCGGCUUUCUUAGACAUAAUCAGAUUGUAUGUGCUAUUUUUUUUAUGAAAAAAAGAAAGCGAAUUUAUGAAUUGAAAUUAUGUAAUGGGAGACAUCUUGAGGGGAAAUAAAUUGACGCGUUCACUACCAGCGCGGGCUAUGCGCAAUGCGUGUAGCUGAACACGUACUGUUUCCGCUCUGUAGUGAAACAUACCCAUGAUCUGAGUAUCUGCUUAGCGUAGUGAGUCGCUGGCCAUGAACAUUUUAAUGGUGAACGGCAAUAAAGUUAAGCCGUACAUUUUUGCUCAGCUAUUUCAAUUUGUGAACUCUUCACUUUUGAGCUUUCUUGCUUACAAUCAACUGUAUAAACAUUCAAUCAAAUUAGCAAAGCGAAAGUAGUUUAAGACAUCUUUACACAAUAUAUACAGAGGAAACCGGUUAUAAUGACAUUGUUUACAACAAGCUAUUUAUAAGGCAAUUUGGCUGUGGAAUGAUCUUCCUUUCUCCAUUAGGCUGGCUCAGAACAAAUUCACAUUCAAGCGCAUGUUGCGCAGGCAUCUGUUUGACAAGGUUCAAUUAUAUGUAUAGUUUUGUGAAAAAAAAAAACCCUUUACAGCGUUCGGUCACCCGUUGACCACAAAUGAUGUAAGGAGUUCGAAACGUCGGUAUGUAUUAUAAAUUCAAUGGUGUAUCGGACGGAUUAUAAUCCGUUUACAUAGUUUUAUUUCAUGAGUAACUAUCGCGGUAACCAAAGACAAUAUUAUUUUACUCUAGUUGUAUGACCCUGCACUCAAUACUUUGAUUCUCAAUAAACAAUGGAUCGAUUGGCAAGUCCCGGCAAAAUGCCUAUCAUUACUUGCAUAUCACUACAUAGUAUAAAACAAAGUCGCUUCCUGCUGUCUGUCUGUCCCUAUGUAUGCUUAGAUCUUUAAAAGUAUGCAACGGAUUUUGAUGCGUUUUAUUUAAUAGAUUCAAGAGGAAGGUUUAUAUGUAUAAUACAUCAUCAUUGCACUGGUAUGAAGCCAGGGCAGGUCGCUAGUUGUUUAUAAAAUGUUAUUUGGUCGCUUUAAUAUCAUUAUAUCCGGUUUUGAUUGUACUGGUAAUAAACAGAAAUAAAAUAAUGUAAGUGUACUAAUAUUGGUUAUGAAUUCUCAGUGGCGGAUUUGCAAUCUUGGCCGCUCUAGACCCCAGGCCCUGUAGUAGGCUUGUGCCUGCUCGUUCACUACAGAGAGUGCUCCACUCUCGGUCAAUCGGUCAAACUAGUUCGGUCUUUUAGUUCCUGUAGUUCAGUUUGGUUGUUUAACUUGUUGAGAGCCGGAAUUGAAUAGGUAUCGGUUUUACACUCUAUUAUUUUCCAAUAUUUGGCAACUAAAUAUAAUGAAGUGAUAUGAUUAUGUUGAUAUUAAACAUUAAAACACCUUAACACAACAAAAAAUAGCUAAAUAGAAAAAUAUUUGAUUUUCUUUCUUCGGGCUUUGGUGUGUUACAUCGUUCAUUGAUCUCGUCACAGGGCGGACACGCUAUACAUCAAAAAUCACUUGCGUUUCUAUGUGUGAACGGCACGUCUGUACACGCGGCAUGCGUCAUUGUGUGAGUAAGUUGUUUAAAAAUAGUACUGAGUGGCCGGCAAACGGCCGUCAAUCUGGUGUCGCGGGGCGAGGUAAUUCGAGUCGGGGCGGGGCGGUGCGUGGCCGUUCUGUAUGAUAAUACUAUUACUUAUUCUGUGAUCACGUUCACACUUGUGAUAGCGACAGCGACAUUGUGAACCGUUUGUUUCCGUCCGUUUUCCAUUUCACUCAGUCAAGCGCUCUCCAAUCCCACUGAACUAAAGACCC